AUGACGACGCUUGCGGUCGGCCAUCGAGCGGCGUGUCGUCGCGCGCCGCGCGUCCGCGCGCGCGUCGCCGCGGCGUCCGAGACGUCGCACGCCGCCGCCGGUUCGUUCGGUUUCGCCUCGCGUCGCCGUCGCGCGGUCGUCGCCGCGGGGAGAGAUCGCGUCGCGGACGUGUCGUCGGGAAUAUUCCUCGGCUCUGGACGCCUGGACGAGGGCGCGCCGCGCGCGGUGGACGCGAACACGGUGGUGCUGGGGAUCGAGACGUCGUGCGACGACACGGCGGCGGCGGUGGUGCGAGGCGAUGGCGUCGUCCUGGGCGAGGCGAUCGCGUCGCAGGCGGCGAUACACGGACCGUGGGGAGGCGUCGUGCCGAAUCUCGCGCGCGCGGCGCACGAGGAGGUGAUCGAUGACGUCGUGCGACGAGCGCUGACGGAGGCGGGGGUGUCGGCGGCGGAUUUGAGCGCGGUGGCGGUGACGUGCGGACCCGGUUUGUCCAUGUGCCUGCGCGUGGGCGUGCGUAAAGCGCAGCGGAUGAGUGCAGAGUAUGGGAUUCCGAUCGCGCCCGUGCAUCACGUGGAGGCGCACGCGCUCGUUUCGCGGCUUUGCGCGGGGACGGAGACGGUUAAAUUUCCGUUUCUGGCGCUGUUGGUGAGCGGAGGGCACAAUUUGUUGAUCAAAGCGCGCGGGGUGGGGGAUUAUACGAUAUUAGGAACAACAUUAGAUGAUGCCUUGGGCGAGGCGUACGACAAGACGGCGAGGCUGUUGGGGUUGCCCGUCGGCGGCGGCGGCGGACCGGCGUUGGAGAAACUCGCGCUCGAGGGCGACGAGAAGCGAUUCAAGUUUCCCGUGCCGCUGCGUCAGCGUAAGAAUUGCGAUUUUUCCUACGCUGGAUUGAAAACCGCGGCGCGUAUGGCGAUCGACGCCGAAAUCGGAGGCGAAGACGUGGAGUGGGACGGCGUGGACAAGCGUCAGACGCGAGCCGACAUCGCGGCGAGUUUCCAAGCCAAAGCGGUGAAACAUCUCGAAGAGCGCAUGCGUCGCGCUCUCACGUGGGCGCUCGAGGACACCCCAGAUUUAUCGUGCGUCGUCGUCGCCGGCGGCGUCGCGGCGAACGCCACGGUUCGAUCGACCCUGGUAAAAGUGGUGGAAGAAACCGGGCUUCCCCUCGUCUUUCCGCCGCCCAAGUGGUGCACGGACAACGGCGUCAUGGUCGCCUGGACUGGAUGCGAACGCCUCGCUCUCGGUCUCGCCGAGGCGCCCGUUGACGCCGAGCUUGAAGCAAAGCACGCGAUGAUGGAUCCGCGCGACGUUCACGUCAAUCUACUCCCGCGAUGGCCGCUCGGAGAGAAAGACGCGCGCGCGACGGGCGACAUUAAGAGCGGCAAGAAGGCUCGCAUCGCCGACCCGCUCACCGGCGCCGGGCACCGCGACAGUGGCAUUGCAGUCUCUCGCGACGCGGUUUCUAAUAACUCCGAUGACUAG